AUGGACUUCUAUGUCCUCAAGCUCCUCGGUGUCGACGAGUUCCUUGAGACUCUCGUUUCUAAGUAUGAGGCUGGACCGGAAUCGGUUCAUCUUACAUUGGAUCUAUGUGGUUCAUGUCGCCACAUAAACGAGAAGAUCGUGAAGGACCUUAACGAAACUGGUCACGAUCUCAAACGGGUGGUUAUAGUGGAUGAUAACCCAAAUUCCUUUUCGAACCAACCCAAGGAUGCUAUUAUGAUUCGGCCCUUCGUGGAUGAUAUUUUCGACCGGGAGCUUUGGAAAUUGAGAAGCUUUUUUGAUGGGUCUGAUUGCUGUAAUGACAUGAGAGAUGUUGUUAGGCGCUAUUAG